AAAAUGAUCCGAACCGUGACUCAAGAACCAUGAUCUGAACCGAACCGUGAGGUUUGUGAUCCGUUGCACCACUACUUUAUGAGUCUGUGGAACAAUGUGACUUCAGUAAAUGCAAACGAGUGAAGUGAAGUCCUGUUGAGGAUCUUUGUUGAGUGUAAUGUUAAGACGAGAAGGUCGGUGUGAAAGCCGCAACAUUGUCAGUAAAACCUUUUUUUUUUUUUUUUUUUUUUUUAAGUACAUCAUUUGUAAUGUAUUAAAUCAAAGAUGUUUUAAAAUCCUAAGAAACAGGAACGCAAAUCUGCAUAUUUACCGUAUUCUCCCUGUUGCCGCCACCCCCCCAAAACAGAUUUCUUUGUUUCAUUCUUAUCAAAGAAUGUAGAUUUGCAACUUAUAGGUAUGCAUAUUUGAAGGCUUGAUUUCAAGGUACAAUUUUCCUCACAAUACACUGGCUAAAAUAAAGACUGCUCCUUUGUAUCACAUGUAACCUUGUUAUUGUUGAACUCAUUACAUCAUACAUUGUUUCAUAUAUGUUUUUAUUUAUACACAUUAGAGAUGCUAAUAAAUUUUAUUUUUAAAGGUGUUGACGUGUAACUCUCCGUGCAUUGUGAGACUGACUAUUUAACCACAUAGAAGUACAGAAUAGUUGAUAAAUGUGAUAAAGACACAGACUGGUAUUCAUUUGAUGCAGGGAAGUUGAUCUUAAUGUGUGGUCCAGGGAUUUCCAUUUAUCAUAUUUUUCACAAGAGGAGGUUCAAAAUUGUACCUCAGUGGACCAAAAUAUAUUAUAAUUGUACAUAAAGAGUUACAUAAAUACGACAACUUAAUACAUUCUUGUUUUCAGAUCAUUUUAAAUUGAUUUAAUUGUAUUUAUUAAUUACAUUUAUUAUACAGAAUAAUAACUAAAUGACAUGCAUUCCCAUUUGUAACAUAUAAUCCGAACGUAUUACGUUUGGGCAUUUUCUCUUUCCGUAGUCCUCCCAGUGAGUGGGUGUAUGGGUAAUGUAGUGCAUUGGCAGACACGUGGGGUGUUGCGUUGCUGUUCACCCGAACGAAGUUUGCGGAAACAUGGCGGGCCUGGAGCUGCUGUCGGACCAGGGAUACCGUUUAGAUGGAAGAAAAGCCUCCGAGCUGCGGAAGGUUCAGGCCCGCAUGGGUGUGUUCGCUCAGGCCGACGGCUCCGCGUAUUUAGAGCAGGGAAACACCAAAGCUCUGGCUGUGGUCUACGGUCCGCAUGAAAUACGAGGUUCACGCAGCUGGAUUCGUCACGAUCGAGCUGUGAUCAACUGUCAGUACAGCAUGGCCACAUUCAGCACAGCGGAGAGGAAGAGGAGGCCGCACGGGGACCGCAAGUCUACUGAGAUGAGCCUCCACCUCAAGCAGACGUUUGAAGCCGCGGUGAUGACCCAGCUCUACCCGCGCUCUCAAAUAGACAUCUAUGUCAAGAUUCUGCAGUCAGACGGGGGGAACUACAGCGUGUGUGUGAAUGCUGCCACUCUGGCGGUGAUUGACGCCGGCAUCCCCAUGCGGGACUACGUGUGCGCAUGCUCGGUCGGGUUCGUGGAUGAGACGCCCCUCGCUGACCUUUGCUAUGCAGAGGAAAGCGGAGGAGUGAGCUCGCUGGCCUUGGCGCUGCUGCCCCGGGGCGGGCAGAUCGCUCUGCUGCAGAUGGACGCCAGACUACAUCAGGAUCACUUAGAUGCUCUCAUCGAAGCCGCCAUGACAGCUUGUAAAGGUGUGGGCAAGGUGCUGGAUGAGGUGGUGCGACAGCAUCUCAAAGAGGUUUCUGUGCUCUCUGGAGAGUGAUGCAUGGAGGAGGAACAUCUAGACUGUGGUUUUGGUUGUAGACUGGAAAAGUGUUAUUGGACAGAAUGGAGAGGAAAGAUGAGAGAAUCUUGGAGUGAAUGUUUUUUGUUUUUUUUUAAGAAUUCAUAGCAUUUAUACCUUUGUACAGUAUAUGUGUGAAGCUAACAAUAAAUUUGUCAACCCUGCAUCAUUUGUGUGUUGUUUG